GGCAUUGCUGGAGGGGCCAUUGCAGGUGCUAUCAUCGCUGCCAUCGCUGGCAUACUCUUGUUCUGCAUGAUCUACAUGAUGGUCGUCCGCGCGCGGCGCAGGCAGCCGCUCCUGCCAGGCCCUAACGGAGGAUUCAUCAGAGUCAACCGUCCACCCGAGACGGCGACAGUGCCUGGCGUCGGUUAUAACUACAACAAUACCUCUGCUUACAAUAAUGAAGGGCCGUAUCAGCCUCCCGCGGGUGACCCUCCCGAGCAGCAAGCGCCACCGCCGUACCCAGGCAAGGAGACGUAUCCUGGCCAGCAGAGCGCAGCAGCAGCUCCUAACGCUCCACAACCUGGUGGCUUCGCCUCUCCCCCAGGACCUCCGCCCGCUGCGCAUGUUAACAACGCCAGCCCGAGAAAUAAUCGCUUCGGAUGGUUCAAAGCGAACUAGUAAUGAUGCCGGACAUUAUGGCUUAACGUUCACAUGCCACCCCCUAAUGUAUAUACACGAU